UGUUGGUCGGCAAGAAGAUCUCGAGUCUCAGCAUCAGAAGCGCAGAUCCGUCUACAUUUGAGUAUCUGAUCGGACUGGGGCCAUGCCUGCCAUGCAACCCGGCGGUUGGCGUUCGGCGAUCUCCAGAUACGAUGACCGUGUAUACUACUAGCAUGUACGCGAGCUCGCUGGGAUCACGACCAAGAUAUCUUGCACAGCGCCUCAUCACUGGCACUCACGAGCCUCGAGCCUGUUCAAACUCACGGCGUCGUGACGAUAUUCGCGUGUUGCUCACUGCCGGCAUUCCGCGAGAAACCUUCGUGAUGAUGAUCCAUUCGCUUGUCAAGCGAGUGGUUCUAUUUUUUUUUACCUCAGCCUUUGCACUUUCCAAGGAACACAAUUCAAAUAUUCACCCACGAACGACAGCUAUUGUAGGUUUAGAUAUUGGAAUCCUGUUUUUUUUUUCAGCGUCAAGAACUUUUCGGCAAGUCUUCGCUUAAAAUCGCUUAGGCGGCUUGAAUUAGAUGCCAUUGUCCAUCCGUUGUCUUCGUGUUCGUGGAAUAGGUUAAAAUACCCGG